AUGGACGAGCCUUGUCCCCCCCGCCUCAGCGCAGACUCGCCCCUAACGCCGCCUCCGGACGCCCACCCGCAGGGCCCGCCCCGGCCGCACGGCCUCCGCGCCCCUGGCCAGCCUGCUUGGUUCCCGCGCCCCUCCGCCUCGCUUCCUGCCUGGACGCCCUCGGGAGUCACCCUGCCCUCGAGGGGACACGGGUGGGGCAGCCGCAGCCGCAGGCUUGACCGCGUGGCGCUGAUGCUCAAAGUAUAUCCCGUUCACUGGCGCGUCUCAAGGGACCGCCUCAGGAGGCGGGUCCAGCGGUUCCGGAACAUGGCGGAAGGUGAAGGCUGGCGGCCGCCGCGCCCGUGCGAGGCCUACCGCGCCGAGUGGGAGCUCUGCCGCAGCGCGGGGCACUUCCUGCGCCACUACUACGUCCACGGCGAGCGGCCGGCGUGCGGGCAGUGGCGGCGCGACCUGGCCAGCUGCCGCGAGUGGGAGGAGCGCCGCAGCGCCGAAGCCCAGCGCUCCCUGUGUGAGAGUGAGCGGGCCAGAGUUCGGGCUGCACGGAAGCACGGCCUGGUGUGGGUGCCCAGGCAGAGCCCCCCAGAAGACUGGCACCUCCCUCUGCCCGAGGACAAGGAUGGGUGACCGACCCAAACAGUCCAGAGGGCCCCUGGGAGCUUCUGCCUAGCGUGGGACAUGGAGCCCUUGCCUCCAGCCUCACCUGCCCCGCGGUCACCACCAGGCUUGGAGCCGGUCCACCCAGCACGUGGCAUCCCUGCGGGCAGCCAGGCAGACCUGGGGACAGCGGCCCAGGAGAGGCUGUCCCGAGGGAUGGGCUCCUCAGACGAACCCUCGGGGAUGAGGCAGCCCCACCUGACCCUGCUUUGGUGACCACCAUGGACUUUGGCCACGGUGCCCUCCUGCCACGGCCACUCACUGCUCCUUCCCUUGGAAUUUUCCCCAGUUGUUUUUAGAAAACGUGGAGUAUAUCAAAAGACAUUUCACAGGUUUGAUUCCAAAUAGAAACUGUAAAUUGCAUCCAGGGUUUAUUGAAAGAGUUAGAUGCUGGCAGUUAGAAUUUUGUAUGCUUACAUUCUUGUAAAUGCUUUAAAAAUACAUGUGUUUGAACCAAGGGGAA